AUCCGCCCGACCCGAUCGUCCCGCCCCACCCGACUCUUUGCACACCUCUACCCAUAAACUCACAAGAAGAUUGGAUGAACGGCUGAGAAUCAUGAACAUUGAUACAGGCCGGAGAAAAGUCAUACCAAAGCUCUCUCUCUUUUGACUGUCUUUUUCCAAAGGGCAAAAGCAAAACCCACUGACAUCGACUAUAUUGAUUUAUUUUCAAUAAAAUCCAAAGAAAAAAUCGAGGGAUAAUCUUCUUUGAAGAAGCAGAAGAUAAGAGACUCCAUGGCGACUUCAAAGCUUCAAGCUUUAUGGAAUCAUCCCGCCGGCCCUAAAACCAUUCAUUUUUGGGCUCCUACUUUCAAAUGGGGCAUUAGUAUAGCCAACAUUGCCGACUUUGCUAAACCACCUGAGAAAUUGUCUUAUCCUCAGCAAAUAGCGGUCACCGCUACUGGAGUCAUUUGGUCUCGCUACAGUAUUGUAAUUACGCCUAAAAACUGGAAUCUUUUCAGUGUGAACGUGGCUAUGGCUGGAACUGGUAUUUACCAACUCACUCGGAAGAUUAAACACGACUAUUUCAAAGAUGCAAAACCUGUUGCUGCACAAGAAUGAUGACGAAAAGCUCAUUCAACAAUAAACCGAAAAAGAUCAUCCAUGAUAGACCUUUUUUUGGUUUUUAGAUCCUCAUUUUGAAUGAUUUCUGGGGAUUAAUUUUGUUGACAAUGUUGUUCUUGUCCUUUUUCCAUAACUUGGGCAUAACUUUGAUGAUUGUAUUUGAUCAUUUUAUUCUUGGCUUUCCUUUUCCUGCCCGUUGGAAGUAUCAUAUUUUUUUCCAGUUAUCGUACGAGAAUAAAUACAAGAACAACCUAUUUUCUUUUUA